AUCGAGUGAAGCAUACAACAUAACACUUUACUUACAGUUACAACACAAACAUAAACAUGAUGACUGGAAGCCAUUGUUAUUGCUUUUUUGGUAUCAUUUCCAUCUUUUUCGCCCUCAUAAUCCACACUCUUUCUUCUACUACACCACCCCACUUUUGCCUCCACCACCAGAGAGAGGCUCUUUUGGAAUUCAGAGAUGAGUUUCCCAUUGAUGAGUUUGAUCCUAAUCCGUGGAAUAAGAGCAGCCCUGAUUGCUGUUUAUGGAAGGGUGUCACGUGCGAUGAUAGGUCCGGUCAGGUGAUAUCACUCAACCUUGCUGAUACCUCUCUAAACGGCUCUUUCAAAACCAACAGCAGCCUUUUCAGACUCCAAUAUCUUCGUCACCUAAAACUUAGUUACUGUGACAUUCAAGGGGAGAUCCCUUCUUCACUAGGAAACCUUUCUCGUCUCACACUUAUUGACCUUUCUCAUAAUUUUCUGGUAGGUGAGAUUCCAGCUUCAAUAGGCAAUCUAAAGCGGCUAAGACAUGUUGAACUUGGGGCUAACACUCUCAUAGGAGCAAUCCCAAGUUCAUUAGGCAAACUGAACCAGCUUAGAUACCUUAGCCUUGCGGCAAACGAGCUCACAGGAGAUAUUCCUUCUUCACUAGGAAACCUUUCUAGCCUCUUAGAACUUAGGCUCUCGAUUAAUCAUUUGGUAGGUCAAGUUCCGGCUUCCAUUGGAAACCUUAACGAGCUACAAGCCAUAUCACUUAGCCAAAACAAUUUAAAUGGUACUAUUCCUAUUUCAUUCUCCAAUUUAACUAAGCUUUAUCAUAUUAGUCUCCGCUCUAAUAACUUCACAUCCACGCUCCCAUCUGACAUGAGUGUAUUCCAUAAUUUGGAGCAUUUUGAUGUUGCUGCAAACUCAUUUCUAGGGUCUUUUCCUAAAUCCUUGUUUACAAUUCCAUCAUUACAAGUUGUUUAUUUGGAUGAUAACCAAUUCAUAGGACCCAUAGAGUUUGUGAAUACAUCUUCUUCUUCUUCUUCUUCUUCAUCAUCUCCUAAGCUAGAAAUUCUAUCUCUUGCUAGUAACAAAUUCAUAGGCUUAGUCCCAGAAUCCAUAUCUAAAUUUCUCAACCUCGGAGAGAUAAAUCUUUCCGGAAACAAUUUCAAUGGACCAAUCCCUAGAUCUAUAUCAAAGUUAGCCAAUCUCCAAACUCUUAAUCUCGCCAACAACAACUUAAAAGGCCAAGUACCAGCUUACUUAUUGAGAGUGACAACGGUGACACUUUCUAACAACUUCUUCAGCAGCUAUGAAAACCCUUCAGAAGAAACACUUAUUGAAGCGUUGGAUCUGAAUUCAAACUCAUUCCAAGAACCAUUCCCUCGCUGGAUUUGCAAUACCAAAGGGCUGAGGUUCUUAGAUUUGUCCAACAAUCUCUUCAACGGCUCCAUUCCUCCAUGCUUGGAGGAUUCCAUUGCUUCUUUUAGUGACCUGAUUCUCCGCAACAACAGUUUCAGUGGACCUCUUCCAGAUAUAUUUGCCAGUGCUACAGAGUUAAGAUCACUAGACGUCAGCCGCAACCACCUCGAGGGAAGUCUUCCAAAGUCUUUGGUCAACUGCAAAGCUUUGCAACUUGUGAACAUGGAAAGCAACAGAAUCAAGGACGUGUUUCCAUCAUGGUUGGGAUCACUGCCGUCACUGCAUGUUCUCAUCCUCAGAUCAAAUGAGUUUCAUGGGACGUUGCAUGUGUUCAUUGGGUUUCGGAGUUUAAGAAUCAUCGAUAUUUCACGUAAUGACUUCACCGGAACCCUCCCACCUCACUGUUUCUCCAGCUGGCGUGGAAUGACCGUAUUGAGGGAAGAAGAUGACCCGUACAUGGCAGAUAUCAUCAACGAGUCUGUGUUUUAUCGUAACUCGAUGGUGAUUGGUGUUAAAGGAGUGGAGCUGAGCUUUGAGCGGAUCCAACAAGACUUCAGAGCCAUUGAUAUCUCUGGAAACAGAAUUCAUGGCAAGAUCCCUGAAUCUUUGUCUUUCUUGAAAGAGCUGCAUCUUCUCAACUUGUCAGGUAAUGUCUUCACAAGCCAUAUCCCACGGUCCUUGGCGAAUCUGACAAAGCUGGAGACACUAGACUUAUCGCGUAAUAAGCUGUCUGGUCAAAUCCCUCAAGAUCUUGGUCAACUCUCUUCUUUGUCAUACAUGAACUUCUCCAGUAACCUUCUCAAAGGUCUAGUGCCACGGGGCACACAGUUUCAAAGUCAAAACUGUUCUUCCUUCUCGGACAACGAUAGACUCUUCGGCCUGGAAGAAAUCUGUGGAAAAAUCCAAGUUUCGAAUCCUACAUCACAGCAACCUGAGCAACUGUCAGAGCCGGAGGAAGAACUGUUCAGCUGGACAGCAGCUGCAAUAGCCUACGGGCCUGGUGUGUUUUGUGGAUUGGUGAUCGGACAUAUCUUCACUUCAUACUAUCAUAAAAUUUGGUCCAAGAAAAACACCAUAAGUGGUCGUUAAUCUCAUCUGUUGCAGUUGCUCUAAGCAUUUGUAAUUUGUCUUGGCUGAUAGUACAUAUAAAUCCUGGCUGCACAGCGCAAUAAAAUGUCUUCUUUUCUUAAAUACAAAACUUACUAUAUCCAGUUCUGUUUAACUGGUGCGCAACUGCGUACAAACUAAUUUUUCUUCUUUUCACACUUCCCCCAACACUUCCUUUCACACACGUCAAUCAGACUGACAUUUACCCAUAAGUCCAUAACGAU